AUGACGGAUUUGUGUAAUACUAGUCCGAAUAACUUUACUAUAGUACAUUUUUGUUUGGAGAAGGAAAAAUUUCAGGAAAUAUUGUUUCCAGAUCGGAUUAAAAGUCGGGAAGAUCCAGCUUUGUGUGCUCUAGGAGAAAACCUUUGUUUGACUAGGUUACACAAUGACUCGAGACGCGAUUUUGAAGUUUGGUAUAUGACGAAUAAUGGAACGAGCUAUUCGUGGAGUAAGAUGUUGACAGUUCCAUCAGUGCAUUGCGGACGUUGCUUGAGGCCUGUGAGCUUUAUGAAGAAUGGAGACAUAUUAUUUUUGAGGUUUAAAGGUGGAUUCGUGGUUUAUAAUUCAAAAAGACACAAAUUGGAAGAAGUUAAAGUUGCAGGGCUUGAGGCACCACUUUACUUCAAUUGGGUUGUACCAUAUUUUGAAACUUUGUUUUCUCCGAAAUCCUAA